UUAUUUUAUUGUGCUAUAUCAAGUUGCAGGUACGUUCAAAAUUAUUAAGGAUAUCAUUUUAAACGUCAGAGCUAACGAAACGUAGUGCAUACAUAUUAUUGUGAGGUUAACUCAUCAAAUACAGUAGACCAAGUGAAGGUGGCCCUGUGCAUUUAAUAUCUAUGAGACAGCCAACUGUGGCGCAUUUGAGCUGAUCGGCCGUAUAUUAUUAUCAGAAUGCUAGAAAGGAGAACUUUGCAACGAUUAGCUGUGAAAACAAAAAAGAAUUACCAACCUUGGUUCCUUUGUUUUUGAUUCCCGAGUUGGUUCAAAGGAAUGCUGGGACACUCAAGAUGUCAGGUAAAAUCCUGCAUCCCGGUUAUGAAUCUGUUUUUUCGAUAAAAUGCAGUGGAACGACAAAUCAGAAAAAUGUAAAGUAACUUAAAGGGUACGUCCAUAUUUUGGAACAUCUACUGUCAUAAUUUCAAAGUGAACAACUAUAUUCGCUGCCAAAAGUGACAUUGCCAUGUCCUGCUGUGAAGGAAAGGGUGGACAGGAACGUUUCCCAGGAACAGGAUGUUGUGGCUCGAGUUGUGCCGGCUCAAAAACUGGAUGUACUGCGUCAGAACCUCGCAUCCGAUCAUGCUUGUGUCAAAGCAACGUGGGUUGUCUGGAUCGUGCUGAUUGUGGUGGAUUUCGUCCCAGCGGCACCGCCGCCACCGGAGCUUGUCCAGGACCAUGUCAAUGCGCGGAGGAAGAAGCUUGGAACCGGAACAUUCCACCAAAGCCCAAUUGCGAAUGGCUUUCAAAUUUCUGUGAAUUACGUCGGCAAUGGAGUGAUCAUGGCCGCCAAGAGAAUUGUAAAUGCUGCAACUGUCGGUCAUGUAAGAUUGCUGCUCCAUGCCAUCCAUGUGCGCCAGCACCACCAAAAUCUUGUGCCCCGUCCACACUGCCACCAAACGAUUGUCAGGAAUGCUGCGAUGGUCGCCUAGCAGGUGGAGCUUGCGGUUCACCAAGUAUUACAUCCUGCGGUUCACCGAAUUUAGAAGAGUUCAGCCCUCUACGAUCAUACGAAGGAUGUCCACCUCCUGGUUGCAGUAGUCAAACAGGAAAGUGCCCACCGAAUUUUGCUGCAUGUCCUCCACCAUGUCCACCAGCUACACGCUGCCCAGUGGUAGAUCCUUGUCCGAUACCCUGUCAGAUUCCGAGCAGUUGUAAACCCUGUGCCCCAUCGCCUCGUCCAAUUCUGAAGAAACGAAGUUGCUGUCAGUGCAUAGGUGGUUCCUGCAUGUGUCAACCGAUGCCGAGGAAUUGCAAUUGUCCACCUCCGAUUCAAGUCGAUGCCCGCAGUGAUCGGGAAUGUUCCUGCGAUUGUCCAUCCGCACCAGAGUGCGCGUGUCCACCUAGUGAACGAAGAUUCCCGAGAACAAAGGUCCGGUGUCCAAACGCUAAGUUAUGCUGUCCCAUGCCAAGACUCCCACCAGGUCCCAAGUGUUGUUGCACUCAGUGUCAACCUUGUUUACCUCCACCCUGUGAUCCCUGCACGUCUACCAAAUGUCGCACUGCACUUCCAAGAGUGAAACCAUGUCGAUCCGAAUCUCCCUGUCCACCAAGAUCACCUUGUCGACCUAGUACUCCACCUCCAGUACCAUGUCGUCUGAUACCGCCAUGCGCAUCCUGUAGAAAAAUGGGUCCACGGUGUCGCACUCCAACACUUUAUCGAUGUUCGACUUCAUCGCCCACAAGAUCUCUUGCCAGGUCGUCGUCACCUGGUGGUUCCAGCACGUGUUCCACACCAUGCAGAGGAUCAGAAAUUCAAGCGGAUGAUAUCGGCUUUAAGGAUUCUACAAAAAUAAACAAGAAAAGAAUCCCAGCAUCGCAUCUACAGUCUUACAAUCACAAUGCCGGAAGCUCUUCCACGUUUCAGAAUAAUUGCAAUUUCUAUCGUUUGCCUAAGAAACCAAGUAACUUUCAAUGCCCAAUAUGUUUUUCGGUACUUUCUUGGCCGUGGCUCCCUCCAUUUCUCAGGGCUCCACGUAGUUCAUCCGCACCAGCUUCUGCUAAUUCAUCCACACGCAUCCAAAAGCAUAUCACACUCCCUGUUCGGAAAUAUUCAAUUUUGUCAAAGCAUAAGAAUAUGUCUGACAGUAAUUUACAUGGCAAGUUUUUUGCAAAUCCUCGAAAAAUUGAUCAUCUUAGUUGUUUUAACAAAACAACCAAAAUAUGCAUACCGACUCGUGCCGUAGAUCAACGAUUGAACAAAUUGGUGAAAAAACCAGAUGCAGAAUCUUUUGUAAAAUUCGUGGAAUAUCAACAAAAUUCCAAAACCAUUGACGACCAUUCCCAUCUUAUUCCAAUCGAUCGUGAAGAAUUUGCAAAAUCUCAUGGGCAGUGCAUAUGCGGAUAUGACGGCAUGUCCUGCGCACCUGAUUGUACCUUCUGCUGCGCUUCGAAAUGCGCUGCAGCAAGUCCUAAAUUCGAUAUACCUUGGAAUUCACAGAAUCAAGAUUUUCAAUUGAAACCUGUAUCGUCCUUGGCUGCACAUUCAUGUGAAACUUCCAAUAAGGAUACAAUAAGAGAUAAUUUUCCAAAAAUACAGUGUAGAUGUGGACCUGACGAAAAUUCCUGUGCAGCUGACUGCAAUCACUGUUGUGCAUUAAAUUGCACUUCUGGUAAUAUUCGUUUACAUGAUCAACCAACUGACAACAAGUGCUUGUCCAAAGGUCAAGCACAUCCUCAACAAUGUGUAUGUGGCUUUAAUAAAAUGUCCUGCGCCUCGAAUUGUGAAUUUUGCUGUGCAACAAAUUGCACCACUCAGAGUACUUCACGUGAUAAAAAUAGACACACGGUUAUAAACAAAAUUAACGAAAGUAGAUCAAAUACAGUUUUGAAGUGCGAGUCACUCUUAUCCACAGACUUAAAUACAGAUAAGAAACAAAUAGAAGAGCGUAUCAAGAGAAGUGUACAGAGUCCGGGUAACAGCAAAGUGAAGAUAAAUAUAGGAAAUACAUGAUCUUUCAUCAUGCAUAAAAGUUAAAUAUAAAUUCAAUGAGCGGUUGCGUUCAUGAUGUCAUAAUGAAUGUACUUUUAUGUUUAAUAUUUAAUACUUUUGUAAAUCGCAGCAAAGUGGAAUAAAUAUAUAAAAAAUUGUGGUCAAAGUUAUUAUACAGAAUUUAAACUCUUACUAAAAUGCACUCAAAAUUUACUAUCCCGUACACAUUCCAAAUACCUCAAUAACGAAUGUUACUAAACGUUACAUGCCAAUGUAAAACACUCUCUGCCUAACUUGGUGCACCUACAGAGGAAUGUGAACAGGAUGAGCCGAUAGGUUAUAUUACACGAAAACAUUCACGAAGCAAGUAAAUAAAGAUAAUUGAAGUAAAAAAAAUGUAUCACAAAAAAGUCUUCUUACACGGUGUAAUCGCAAAAUAUAACAAACAGAAAAUAUAACUUUCACGAUAUUUAUUAUCGCACUUAUGUUCUGCAGAUAGUCCACCCACGAGUUCGAUAUAUUUUUUGACAGAACAAAAAAAAAUAAUGUUUAGUAAGGCA